AUGAUCGCAGGUGAUGCAGUAGAGAUUACAGAAGUGAAAACCCUGCAGGCUUUGCCAGUGACUUGCUCUGAAACAGUUAGAAGCAGCAAACAUUUUGAAAUAUCAGGAGCUGAAGAGAAGAAAACACAGGAAAAGGAAAAGAAGAAAAAGGAAAAGAAGGAAAAGAUUUACUUUGGUCUGAAUGCAGGAGGAAAAAAAUUGACAGCUGAGAAGAUACCACGUGAGGAUCCUUCAUUUUUAAGCCUGCAGAGUAGUGUGACUUCCCAGGACACAUAUGCAUUGGCUCAGCAAAUAGGAGCAGCACUUUAUGAAAUUAAAGAUCUGAAGAAUGAAAUAUUUGAGUUACAACACAAAUUAGAACAAUCAAGCUCAGAAAACCACAUUUUGAAACAGCUUCAGUGUCGACACUUGAAAGCAAUUGGUAGAUACAAUAAUUCAAAAAAUAACUUGCCGCAUCUUUUAGCAAGUCAUGAUAAUGAGGUGAAAUCUUUAAGGAAACUCCUGAGGGUGUCUCAGGAGAACGAGAAAAAUACGUCCAGGAAGAUCAGAACAGUUGAAGCAGAGCUGCUGAAAGCUAAAAAUGCUUUGCAGACCUUACAUAUGCUUUCAGAAGACAAAACUCUUGCAGAGAAAGAGGAACUUGAUCGUAGAUUAUCAGCCAUUGCAGAAAAAACGGAAGUGAAUGAUAAGAGAAUACAGAGCCUAGAACAGCAGCUGAAGUUGAACAGUAUCAUCUUUAGUCGUCAGCUGGCAAUUGAGAACAAAAAAGCUGUGGAAGUUGGGAUAAUUACAAAGAACAUGAACACAGAAAUUAGGUGUCUUCACCAACUAAUUAAGGAAAAGGAUCGGCAACUUUAUAUACAAAAUACCUAUGCGAACUGGAUGCGUAAAAACCCAAAAGACAAAUGUGACUCAGUACCUCAUGAAAAAAGUCUUGGUAUAAACAGAUCAGUACCAGUAGAGAAACAGAGAUUUCCAUUACCACUGCUGGCACAGUACCAAACUCAGAAAACUGCAAAAAGUCUGAUUCAGCUAAAAAAGGAGAAAAAGUCUUCAGAAGUUAAGAAUCAAAAAGCUAAAGCAAAUGAAGCAUCCACAGAUGCCCAAUGUAGAACAGAAGAGCAAUCAACCAAGCAAAUACCAAAUCCAGAACCUUGUAACAGAAGACAUAGAGAGUAUUUAAGGAAGGGCAGACAACCGAUAGAAGAACACGUUUAUUUGGAAUUUAUGGAAGAAAAACUAAAAGAGUCAGACUUGCUUAAACGGAAGGUGAAAAAACUGAUGAAAACUGAACAAACUUCUCUAAGUGAUGGUGUAAAAGAGAACAAUCAAGAGGAAGAUGCAGUGGAAGACUAUGAAAAAGAAGAAAAAAAGCCAGAUGAGCAGCUAAGGAACAGUGAGAAGGCUGGGAGUAAAUGUGUAACUCCAGAUCCAAGACAGAAAACUAUUAAGCUGCAAAAAAAAGACAUAUUCUCAGAAGCCACUGAGAAUUUGCAUCACAGGCCUCUUACAUCAGGUACAAAACCAAAAAAAGGCAGCCUUUGCAACGGCAGACAUGCAGGUCAGGACUGCAGUAAAACAGCUGAAUCCAAAGUGGAAAAUUCCUUUGGGCCAUAUGAACCAUCUUUUGGUAAAGUUCCCAAAACAAGGCAGGAGGAGAGUUCUGAAGCGGAAGGCUGCACUCAAACGACAUUUGGUGAAAUCUGUUAA